AUGGUGAAGCUGAACUGCAGCUUCUCGGGGAAGACAGGCUCCGGGGACGGGGCUACCAUGGACAGCGUCCCUCUGAUCAGCCCCCUGGAUGUCAGCCAGCUACAGCCUGCGUUCUCCGACCAGGUUGUCAUUAAGACACAGACGGAAUACCAGCUGUCCUCCGGGGACCAGCUGACAAAGUUCUCCGACCUGGAGGCCCAGAAGCUGGGCGGCGGCCACCCGGAGGAUGCACGUAGCAGGAUGCCCACAGGGCGGAUGAUCGCCUUCACCAUGGCGCUCAUGGGCUGCCUCCUGAUCAUGUACAAGGCCAUCUGGUACGACCAAUUCAGCUGCCCCGACGGCUUCCUGCUUCGGCACAAGAUCUGCACCCCGCUGACCCUGGAGAUGUACUACACCGAGCUGGACCCCGAGCACCACCGCAGCCUCCUGGCGGCCAUCGGGGCCUACCCAGUGGGCCGCAAGCAUGGCACGGAGACCCCGUGGUUGUCCGCGAGCUACCACGCCUUCAAGGAGGCGCCCAAGGCGCACAAGGCGCCUGCCCGCGCGGCCAUGGCGGCGGUCACCGAGCCCUCGAGGAAGCCCUUGGGGAAGCCCUCGGGGAAGCCCUCCGGGGAGGCCUCGGCGCCGGGAGAGAAGGAGGCAGCGCAGAAGGUGGAGGGGAGCGCGCCACCCCCAGCCCCCCAGUGA